AUGGCUGCGCACCUUUCUGAUCGCCAACAGCACGACCUGCAUAAAGCAAUGCUGGAUUACCUGUAUAAUGCAGGAUAUAAGAAGACCUUUGAGCAGCUACGUGAAGAAGUGCCUGACUUGGCCGAUUUCACUCCUGAUCCAACCGCGACAUCGAGCGGGCUGCUGGUCAAGAAGUGGACCAGCGUGAUACGGAUGCAGAAGAAGAUCGUGGAACUGGAAUCGCGCUUGUCGCAAACUAUUGAAGAGAUGUCGAAUAUGGGCCCGAUGACGAGCGGAAAACGAGCGAAUAGGGAUUGGUUACCGAGCGCGCCUGCGAAACACACUCUAGUUGGUCACCGAGACAAGAUCAACAGCGUUAGCUUUCAUCCACUCUAUCCUGUAGUAGCUUCUGCGUCAGUCGACGCGACUGUCAAGAUAUGGGAUUGGGAAUCUGGAGAGCUGGAACGGACGUUGAAGAGCCACACGAAAUCUGUCACCGAUUGUGAUUACGAUUCCACGGGCAAGAUACUCGUCACAUGCUCCGAUGAUUUAUUCAUCAAGCUCUGGAACGUCGCAGAGGAAUACAAGAACUUUUCGACAUUGCGCGGCCACGAACACUCAAUAUCAUCGGUGCGAUUUCUGCCUGGAGACGCUCGUGUGGUGUCGUCAAGCCGCGAUCAUACGGUUCGGGUUUGGGACGUUCAGACUACGCAUUGCAUCAAGACGUUGAGGCCUCAUGAUGAAUGGAUACGCUCCGCCUUGCCAAGCCCCGACGGUCGCCUGCUGCUAACCUGCGCCGACGACCAUACUGCUCGAAUAACGGAUUUAGAGUCAGGCGCACUCAAAUCUGAAAUGCGUGGCCAUGACAACCGUAUAGAAAGCGCCAACUUUGUGCCAACGAUAUCGAUCCCAGCUGUUCGAGAGCUCAUUGCGCAGCCUGCUACAGCCCAAUCCGCCAAAGUAGAUUCUUUAGCGAUUUCCUUCGUAUUAACGGCAGGCCGAGACAAGACGAUAAAGCUUUGGGAUGCCCUUCGAGGGAGCUGUUUAUGGACAUUUGUGGGCCACGACGGCUGGGUACAAGCCCUCGCUUUCCAUCCAUCUGGGAAAUAUCUUUUAUCAGUGGCCGAUGACCAUACGCUUCGCGUGUGGGAUCUUAGAACGGGUAGAUGUCUUAGAAAGAUCGAGGCUCACAGCCCAUUUGCUCAAUGUCUGGCAUGGGGUAGAGCUGCCCCUUCCGCAGAUGGCAAAGAGGACUUGGAUAAGACACUCAAUGUUAUUGCGACCGGAGGCACCGACAAGGUCGUUAAGAUCUGGUGUCCCUAG